GAAGGCGGGGCGGAGGCCGCAGAUCUCGCGAGGUCAACGGGUGCGAGCGUUCUCCCGUGAAGGGGCGCGGAUGCUUCCGCAAACAUGGCGGCAGCGGCAGCGCGGAGCGCUCGACUAGUGGCCUGGGGCGAAAGGCUGCGGCGCGGAGUGGCUGCCAGACCCGUGGCGGCGUCACUGGCCGGCGUCGCGCUGGCAGGAGGGGGAGUGGCAUGGUACCACGGCCUCGUGAAUGUGGCCGCGCCACAGGGCCGCCACUCUGUCCUAGCGCAGAAAGAUGGUGACUGUGGAAAGAUGAUGAAGAAGUUGUCUCUUCGUAAACAGCGCUUCAUGCAGUUUUCUUCACUGGAACACGAAGGAGAAUAUUACAUGACACCACGAGACUUCCUCUUUUCAGUAAUGUUUGAGCACAUGGAACGUAAAACUUCAGUCAAGAGGCUGACAAAAAAGGAUAUUGAGGAUAUACUGGCAGCAAUCCAAACAACUCAUUGUGGAUCAACCUUUUUUAGAGACCUUGGCGAUAAAGGGUUAAUUUCAUAUACUGAGUAUCUUUUCUUGCUUACAAUCCUCACUAAACCCCAUACCGGGUUUCAUGUUGCUUUUAAAAUGCUGGAUGCAGAUGGUAAUGAGAUGGUUGAGAAAAAGGAAUUUUUUAAGCUUCAGAAGAUCAUAAGUAAACAGGAUGACUUGAAGACAAUAACUAAUGAAACAGAAUGCCAGGAACCAAAAGUGAAAGAACCUGAAAUUAACACAACCCUUCAGAUACGUUUCUUUGGAAAAAGAGGAGAAAGAAAACUUCAUUAUAGAGAAUUUCGAAGGUUUAUGGAGAACCUACAGGCGGAGGUCCAAGAAAUGGAAUUUCUGCAGUUCUCUAAAGGUUUGAGUUUCAUGAGGAAAGAAGACUUUGCAGAGUGGCUCCUUUUUUUCACGAACACUGAAAAUAAAGACAUUUAUUGGAAAAAUGUGAGAGAGAAGUUGUCAGCAGGAGAGAGCAUUAGUUUGGAUGAGUUCAAGUCAUUUUGUCAUUUUACAACCCACUUGGAAGACUUCUCUAUUGCCAUGCAGAUGUUUAAUUUAGCUCAUCGCCCUGUCAGAUUAGCAGAGUUUAAGAGAGCUGUGAAAGUAGCUACAGGACAGGAGCUCUCAAACAAUAUUUUGGACACUGUCUUCAAGAUCUUUGAUUUGGAUGGUGAUGAAUGUCUUAGUCAUGGAGAGUUUCUUGGAGUGUUAAAAAACAGGAUGCACCGAGGUUUAUGGGUACCACAACAACAAAGUGUUCAAGAAUACUGGAAAUGUGUGAAAAAAGAAAGCAUUAAAGGAGUAAAAGAAGUUUGGAAACAAGCUGGAAAGAGUCUUUUUUAGGAAAAGAUCAUGUGGGAAUUUUGCUGUGAAUGUCAGAAUUUGGAAUUUUUUUUACAAAUACCAGAUGUUUAUCUUCUUAAGUCUUCAUUGAUUUCCUUUGCAAUAUAAAGACACCUUGUUUUUGCUUCUGA